AUGCCGAGGAGGAAAAGUGAUUCAAAGGCAAACGAAGCCUCGAAAGCCUCAAAAACUGACGGAACGUCAAAGUCUGAGCCCGUUAAUCUCUUAGCAAAUCAGUCAUCAAAAUGGAAGAAUAUGACAGUUCGAGCGUUUUGGACAUUUGUGAUGAUAUUUGGUUUUCUAUCAAUGGUGGCAUUGGGGCAUUUGUUCGUCAUUUUGACGGUUCUGUUGCUUCAAACGCUAGUCUUCAAGGAAGUGAUUGCGUUGGCUAGUGUGCCGAAUAAAGACAGGAAAUUACCGUGGUCAAGGACGCUUAAUUGGCUUUUACUCCCAGCAUCCUUGGUAGUUUGCAAUGAUUCUUUUGCAUACUUAUGUGGAUUCUUCUGGGGGAAGACUCCAUUAAUAAGACUCAGUCCGAAGAAGACUUGGGAAGGGUUCAUUGGUGGAUGGAUUUGUACCAUGAUAUUUGCUGUUCUAUGGACAUGGGUGUUAAUACAGUGGGAUUACAUGAUUUGUCCUGUUAAGGAUUUGGGCGCAUCGGCAUUCUCGGGAGUACAUUGUGAACCAAAUCCAGUAUUCAUACCUCAAAAACAUAAUCUCAAUCCAUGGCUAAGUAGCAUAUUACGACGUCUGACAUCGACUGACAUACGUCAUGUGUGGAUUGCCCCGAUACAAUGGCAUGUGCUAGUGAUGGCAUGCUUUGCCUCGUUGAUUGCUCCUUUUGGUGGAUUCUUUGCUAGUGGAGUGAAGAGAGCCUUCGGUGUGAAGGAUUUUGGAGAUUCUAUUCCCGGUCAUGGAGGUUUUACUGAUCGAAUGGAUUGCCAAUUUCUAAUGGGAUUAUUCUCUUACAUGUACUACCACAGUUUCAUUAAGACAUACACGUACGUCUAUAUCCAUCUCUCCGUCGGAGGCAUACUGGAGAAGAUAGCCGAUUCUCUGAAACCCCAAGAACAGAUAGAAUUAUUUAACAACCUCCAGCAGUAUCUGUUUGAGCAGGGUCUAUUAGCGCAACAAACCGUCGUCAACCAUCCGACAUCGUAG